AUGGAGGCCAUCUCGGCUUUCGCGUCACGGCUUGCAGCUGCACCGCGAGUACAGAUUCGCUUCGUUGACGCUCCGCGAGCUGCGUGGCAAGUGAAGCAACAUGCCAGCCAGACGAGGACAUUCAGAACGAGCGCAGUCCAGGGCCGAGAAGUCACUGCAAGCGCUCCCAAGAAGAUUCGCGGCAAAUCGAAGCUCUACGCGUCUGCAGACGCGGCCGUAGCCGACAUUCAAUCCGGGUCAACAGUUCUUUCGGCCGGUUUUGGACUAUGUGGAACAGCAGAGACUCUUAUCACUGCCAUGGCACGGAGAGGAAAGGAUAGUCUGCACUCGCUCACGGCGGUCUCAAACAACGCGGGAACAGCAAUUGGUGGUGGUCUUUCACCUCUUAUUGAAUCUGGCCAGAUCACACGAGCAAUCUGCAGUUUCCUCGGAAACAACAAGAGUCUGGAGAAGAAGUAUCUCACUGGGGAAGUCGAAAUCGAACUCACACCUCAAGGAACAAUCGCCGAGAAACUGCGUUGCGGAGGCGCUGGUAUUCCAGCUUUCUUCACGCCCACUGGAGUCAAUACUUACAUUCAAACCGGUCAAAUCCCCGCAAAGCUCAAGGAUGGCGAAGUCCUCGAGCCUGGCAAACCACGCGAGACGCGAAUCUUCAAUGGCAGAAUCUACAACAUGGAAACAGCAAUCGAAGGCGAUGUCGCUAUUUUGCGAGCGCACAAGGUCGAUAAGGCUGGUAAUGUGCAAUUCCGAUACACCACCAAGUCUUUCGGUCCUCUCAUGGCAAAAGCCGCUAAAGUCUCCAUCGUUGAGGCUGAGCACAUUGUCGAGAUCGGCGAGCUGAAACCUGACGAGAUUGACCUCCCUGGCAUCUUCAUCGACCGUAUUGUGCCAGCCACUGAGGAUAAGAUUCUGGAAAUCAAGAAGAUUCGCGAAGAGCGUGACGUUGAAGCUGAAGGUGCUCAGUCCGAUGCUCUUGCCCGCAGGAACCGCAUCGCCAAGCGUGCUGCCAAGGAACUGAAGCCUGGAUUCUACGUCAACCUUGGUGUUGGUAUGCCGACUCUUGCCCCCUCUUUCUUGCCACCGAACAGCAACGUCUGGAUUCAAUCUGAGAACGGUAUUCUCGGCAUGGGUCCAUAUCCAACUGAAGAGGAACUCGAUGCCGACAUCAUCAACGCCGGCAAAGAGACCGUUACUCUUGUCCCUGGCGCCAGCGUCUUUGACAGCAGCGAGUCUUUCGGUAUGAUCCGCGGAGGCCACGUCGACGUUUCUAUGCUCGGAGCUCUGCAAGUCGGUGCCAAUGGUGACCUGGCCAACUACAUGAUCCCAGGCAAAGUCUUCAAGGGAAUGGGAGGUGCUAUGGACUUGGUGUCGAACCCCGACGAGACGAAGAUCGUUGUGCUUACCGACCACGUGGACAAGUAUGGUGCGCCCAAGAUUGUUCAGCACUGCACUCUGCCUUUAACUGGAGCUCGAUGUGUCAGCACUAUUAUUACCGAGCUGGUGAGUAUAGUGUUACGAAAUCGUCUGAAUACAUGUGCUGAUUCAUUUGCAGGCUGUCUUUGAUGUCGACAGGAAGAAGGGCGGUCUGACACUGAUCGAGACCGCACCUGGUGUCGGCGUAGACGAGAUCAAGCAGAAGACCGGCGCCAAGUUCGCUGUCGCCGAGCCUCUGGGUCGCAUGGAAUAG